ACUGUUUUCUUACUAGACCCCCUUCCUUUCUUAUCUGUUUUCGAGCAUUCAUUUAGUGUAAGGUCACAUUUAGGAAUUUGCUAAUGUUUUUGCGUCCAUUUUGAAAGUAUACGACGCGAAAGCGGAAAGCCAAGGUGACGGUGGCGGUGAAAUCAGCGUAUCGUUUUAUGAGGUGCUCAACUCAUGCUCGGAUAAAGGCAUUACGAAACAGUUCUUGCAAAAGUGUUUGAUUGCGAUGGCGGAAGACGAGGUGCGUUUCAUUUCCAGUGCUGGGUUAACGGCCGGCGGAAUGUUCACAGUCAAUAUGGAUCGGAUCGUUGACCGUCUGUGCGAAGGUGAGAUCGAGGCUUACAUUGUCGAGACGUAUCAAGAAGCGGGCAGCGACGCCGUACGCGUCUUCAAUGCUGUGCGCAUGAAAGGACCAAUGGAACAGAAUGAGAUUGACAACUGCGUGAUGCUGCCCCUGAAGGAAACAAAAUGUUUGCUGUACCACUUGACGACGACCAAGUUGAUUUCGCUGAAAGAGGUACCAAAAACUGGCGACUUUGCGCCAUCCCGCACUUUCUAUUUGUAUCAUACAAGCACGAGGGAUGCUGCCUGGGUACUAUGCCAGACAUGCUAUAAGAGCCUUUACAACGUUCUUAUCAGAAAGCGUUACGAAGUGGAGAAACACAAAACAUUCAUAGAACGGCAGGAAACUCUAAACACCGUGAUCGAGAGCGUUGCCACCGAUCCGAAUGUGAAUGAGGACGAUAAGGCUACAGUUAUCGAAGAAUUGAAAGAUCUUUUCAUGACUCCAGCAGAAAAGGAGAUUCUGGCGCGGCACAUCAAAGCCGUCGAUAAGUUGAAUCGAUUGCAAAACAAACUUUGCGAAUCUAUGUUGGAAGCCCCUUUCUGUGCAGGUCGCUCUGUCCCCCGCCCAAAACCACCGCUGCACCGGCAUGCGGAUUUCGGCCAACUGCUCAGCGGAUACGCCUACCUGACAAGGGUGCGGGAUGCGGCAGUCAACCAGAACUCAGGACAUCAUACGAAGGCCAAUUCGCAAGACUUCCUACCCGAAACUCCGGUGGUGCUAGCGAUGGGCGGCAGUGCGGUACUUAGUAGCGAAGAAAACGGCAGGAUUCAAGAAUCUCGUGCUGCUUCGAACAAGGUUCAUUCCACAUGGAAGCAAGGUGAGGUGUGAUU